GAACGCUCCCCACUUCUCGCCAAACGUCAAAUCUCGUGUUCGCGUGCGGUCGUUCGUGCUCCUAGUGAAAAUUAUUUUGUAAAAAUUCAGUUCGCGACAUUUCGCAAGCUCUGUUUAACGUCAAUUUAAAAUUACAAGUGAAAAAUAAGGACGUGUGUGUUCAGUGAUAUUUAAGAUCGUUAAAUAAUACAUGAAGAUGUCUUUCAACACCGACAUAUCAACCAAAUUGGAAAACAGCAGGAAUAGCUUGAAGAAAAUCGCACGAAAUGACAACACCGAGUUCUCCAAACAGAGCGUCAUGAACGACAUGGAGAAGUUCGUCAAAGCUGUGACCACCAUGGACGAGACUGUUCUGGUGCCUAGUCGGUUGAUGGACCUCGAGCAGGAGGGUGAUGAUGACCCGUUCAGCUUAUACGCCAUGCUGAACGAUUUGAAGACUGAACUGUUGUGGGCGGGGGAGGCUGAGGAGCAAGUGGAGCGUGGGAGACGUAUUAGUGACUUGAGUGACACGGAGAGCGACGCGUCGAGCGCGGCUGGAGACUCGGGGAUAGACGGAGAGGACGAAAGGGAGUCAGCCGCACGCUCCGCCGCCGCCUGCCGACGUCACUUAAGAGGUCUCCGCCACUGCCUUCGCCACCUCACCGCCGCCGCCGCCCAGCUCACGAGAUCCUAUCAAGAAGAAGUAGGAGCGCCUGUGUAAACUCAAACGCUUUUCGCCCUGUGAUUGAAGCCUCUCCAGCACGUUUGUACAUAUAGGUUAAGCGGCCCGCACUGUUCAUAUAGGUUAUAGGGCUGGGCGUGUAUGGGAAUCUCAGUAAGUUAUGUGGUUAUUAUUUAAAAUAAACUUAAUUUUGAUUA